CCGAGAUCUUCCACCAUUCUUAUUAGGGUUACCGAAAAGAGGAGGAGGAGGAGGAGAUGGGGCAUGCAGGCGGAGGGCUGUUUCUCCAUAGUAACAAUGACAAAACAAGCCAGUUCAACAGCAGGCAGGCAAAAGGGAUGAUUGCAGCUGCGGGACAGAAGCACACACACUUGUGCUGUGGAGUUCUGUUCACAUAGGAGGACGUUUUUCGGAGAGCUGGACAUCUCAGAAACGAGAAGAAACCAAGAGUUUUAUGAUAAAGCGUGGACGAUCCUGUCAAAGAAAAUCCUGGGAGGAAACACGUGAGAGAGGCACACACUUGUACUGUACCUGCCCUCACAUCCAUACACUCCCAGCAUGGACCGGGACAGUCACAGCGAGGACACUUUGUCCACCAUGGUUCUGGAGAACAUCAAAAACAAACUGAUUCAUGCCUUCAGGGCGACAGGAGAGACAAGAGAAAACCCUCAGGACUCUGGCUCCACUGUCAGACCGGUCAGCAUCGGCAGGAGUUACCAAGCCAAUGAGGAGCUGCGGAGGGCGCAGAUAGAUGGAGCGAUAACCUGGCUGAGGUCUGAGCUGCUGGAGAUGCGCUCUCAGGACCUCCAGCUGGCUCAGACGCUACUGGGACUCAACACAGAGAUCCAGAGACUGAGGAGGGAGAGUUUCGGAGGUGUGGAGGUAGAGGGGGACGAUCAGCAGUAACCAGUAGAGAGCCCUUCCUCUGGGUAAAGACUUCAAGUGAUAGAUCAGAUUUUUUGAAGUUGGGUUGUUUGGAGUACUUAUCCACAGACAGUACGGCACUUAAAUGUCAGUUUGGAGAAGCAGGCAGGAGUCCCACAUGGAAGUUAAGCAAUCUAGAGCUGUGGAGGCACGAAACAAAACAUGUUUUAGCCACCUAAAAAAAGUCCCAAUGAAAAAAAAAUCAACAAAAUUUAAGUGUACACUAUAUUGUGAGUAUUUCCACUACUUUACUUUCAUUUCCAACAUGGAUUUCUAAUGAUAAAAUGAUGCAAUUAUAGUGCUCUCAUCAAAGCCAGACUCCAUUUAGGAAAACUGUGAUUCAGCUGCUGCCUCGAUCAGUUUGUGUGAUUGCUUGAGCUUCGCAUUGAAAAAGAGUAAGUUGGGAUUCACCAAAGUCGCACAGUAACACAAACAAAACAACUGAUCGAUGGAGCAGUUAGACAGGCAGCGUCUGUGCUCAGAGAGCUGAAUGAUUAUUUUUGUCAGUGGAGUUUGGUGGCUUUGGAGAGAGCAUAGAUGGGAAACAAUUAACGGCUUCUCCGACGGAUCAGGUUGUCCGAUGGACGAACGGUAAAGAGGUGAAAGUUCUCCAGAUAUAGCUUUCACUUCAACUGAUAUUUAUUUGUUUUAGGGUGGAAUAUUUUAGGUGGUUAAAAUAUAUUUUGUUGCUUCCAUGUCGGACUCCAAACUGGGGGCGUGCUGAAAGACAUCUGCUGUACAUAAAACACUGACUAUAAAUACAGCCCCACUUAAAAAAUCCGAACUAUCCCUUUAAGAGGCACUUAAAGGGAGAGCAGGUGGUAAAAUGCUCUUA